AUCCAGAAGUUCCUGAACCUGUACGGGGACCACAUCGACCCGCACCGCAAGUUCGUGCUGCAGCUCUUCGCCGACGACUGGGGCCAGUACGUGGACCUGCCCAAGGGCUUCGCCGUGGGCGAGCGCUGCAAGCUGCGCCUCGUGCCCCUGCAGAACCAGAUGACCAUGCUGGGUACUUUGACACCCUCGAGCACUGUAUUUUUCUGUUGUGAUAUGCAAGAAAGAUUCAGACCUGCUAUCAAAUACUUUGGUGAUAUCAUCAGCGUAGGACAACGAUUGCUCCAGGGUGCACGGGUUCUAGGGAUUCCAGUUAUUGUAACUGAGCAGUAUCCCAAGGGCCUUGGAAGCACUGUUCAAGAAAUUGAUUUAACAGGAGCUAAACUUGUGCUCCCCAAAACAAAAUUUUCGAUGGUUUUGCCAGAAGUUGAAGCAGCAUUAGCGGAGAUCCCUGGAGUCCGCAGUGUUGUCUUGUUUGGAGUAGAAACGCAUGUGUGCAUCCAGCAAACAGCAUUGGAGCUGAUUGGCAGGGGUUUGGAAGUUCAUAUUGUAGCUGAUGCCACCUCAUCAAGAAGUAUGAUGGACAGAAUGUUUGCUCUUGAGCGUCUUGCUCACACUGGAAUUAUAGUUACCACCAGUGAGGCUAUAUUGCUGCAGCUGGUAGCUGAUAAAGAGCAUCCAAAAUUCAAAGAAAUCCAAAAUCUCAUUAAGGCAAGUGCUCCUGAGUCAGGGCUCCUUUCCAAAGUUUAAAGAGGACCCACUGUAAAAGCAGAAUGUUGUCACUUUUAAGGAAGAAGUCAAGCUGUAUGCAUACGCACACGUUUUCUCUCACAACUUUUGGCAGAAAUGUUAAACUGAAAAUUGACAUAUUUGUGCUUGCCUUAGCAAAAUUUGUCUGGUUUUACUGUCCAGGUGCCAGUGUGUUCUGUUGAGUCAAAGAUGUCAGAGGCUUUGGAUAUCAUAGGAUCCUUUUGUUGUCAGAUUCUUAUUUAUUUUAAAAUGCAAAACUCAACAGAGAUAGGUGCCUGUUUGUCUGUACUGUACUCACUGAUUGUAACAAUUCCAGAAAGUGCAUAUUUAUGUGAAAUCUCUUGAUUGUGCACUUUGUAAAAAAUGUACUGGGUUAUUCUGUGUCAUUUUUGUAUUAAUAGAAGAGAAAAAUGUAUAGGAUAAAUGUAAUGUGAAAUGCUUUAACAUUCUACAUAAAGUAUACUAUUUUAAUAGAGGAGAAUUUCAGAAGAAUAAAAUUAAUAGAUUAUAUGUGUAUAAUGUAUUUUAGAGUAAAAAAAUGUAAAUGCUUAGCUUAUUCAGUAGGAAAGACAUAAAUGAUGCAACAAUAAAGGUUUGAUUUUAUUUUGGUGGUUGAAGUUAGAUAGCAUGGAUUCUUGAUUAUUCUAUACUCGAUUACCAGCUUUAUUUCAACUGAAAGUUCCUUUUGGGUCUUUUAAAAUUACGUAAAAGUUCUGGUUGCCCCAUUUAAAAUUAUUAAACAAAAAUCUGUUUAUGACUAGGAUUAAAGGAUUGGCAUAUAGUAAUUUAAAACUAGUGACAGACUAUUGGCAGUUUAAAUUGCGUGCUGAUUCCUGAGGGAAUACAAAAAUUUGGAAUACUUCAGUUUCAGACACUGAAGGAUAGCUAAUUAUUUCUAGACAUGUCUCCAGAUUUUUUUAAAUCCUUGUAUGGCCAGGUUUAAUAAACUCCAUCUGGUUUCUGCAUUUGGCUGAGCAAGUCCUGAAAAAAAUCAACUUUUUCUGUGUUUGUGCAGACUUUUGCAGGACUGUUGUUGGAUGGAGCUUAAAUGGAAUCUGGCCUAAAAGCAUACUUUCAGAAAGGGCAUCAUCUGUAGCUUGUUGCUAUAUAUUUUGUAGCUGGAACUAAACUUUAACACAUGAUUGUUCUUUUUGAAGGCACGUUCUUCAUGUUCUAAUGAUGUAAAAAUUGUUAUAUAGAGUUUACAAUGAGAAUGUUUGACUUUUUUUUUAAGCAUUUUGAAAAUAUCUAGUUGAUAACACUGGUCUUUUUGGUAUAAGAGUACUUAAGGCAAAUGUAGUGGCUGAAAUGAAUUAUUAUCCCCCAAACAUGAAUCAAAUAAUUUGUUUCAGAAAAUAUAACUUUUAUGUUGAAAGCAAAUAAAAUAUUAACACUU